AGCUGUCAAAAGACGCCGAUUAUUUUUGCAAAACCGAUGUCAGCAUUAUUUUACUCCGAAAAAAUCCAUAACAACCUCACCCACUGAAAAUGGAUCGUAACAAACCGAGCUCCAGCUCACGCUCGACAAAAAAGCAAAUCAGCUUACCGCAGAGCGAGCUGUUUGCACUCGGCUCCAAGUCCUCUGGCAGUUCCCGCGGUGACGAUGGUAAGGGCAAAGCCGGUGUUGGUGGUAGUGUUUCGGAGCGAAAGCGCGAUGCUACCGCUGCAAUGGCCAGUGCUGCGGUGAAAAAGAUCAAACUAACCGCUGCCGGCGGCUCAUCGUCAGCGCUACAGCCCGGAGCCGGUAAGCCGUCGUCUGGUGGUGAUAGUUCCAGUUCAAGUAGUGUUCUGGAGUACUGGGAACAGAUGGCGUUGGACUGCGACUCCGUGGAUCUUGUUUCGUCGGUUUUGAGUUCGAUCGAUCAGCAGGAUAGCGACAGUGUUGUGGGGUAUAUUUGCGGUGCGAUUAAGCUGCUGGUUUCGCCUAAGUCUAAGUCGGAAUCGGUGCUUUCGUUGUCGCUGCUGUAUUUGGCUAAGAUAAGACCGCAUUUGUUUUGCAACGAAACCAUCACGAGCGCGCUGAUCGCUGUGCUAAAGCGUGACAGCCAAAAUUCGUUCAAGGGGCGCAACAAUCCGACGGUACAUAUUCUGGCAUGCAAUCUGCUGGCUCGAGGCUAUAGCGACAAAAAGCAGUGGCCGGAGAGUUUGAUUCGCACCUACGUUGACGAUGCAAUGAACGAUCGAGUUUGGGUAGAUUAUGAGGAGUGUGCUCCAUUUACCGAUAAUUGUGUGGCUGCUUUUGGGACGAAGAUUCCCCCAAAGUGGAUGUUGCAGCCAGAGCUCAGCACAUUGAACCCGAGUGCUCGAGAUAACCCAGCCUCGAUCGAUGAUGAACACUCCACCGAUAGUGGCAUGUUUGGUGAUGCUCUGGGAAAGGAUCCGGAUGCAAAUUCGCCGCGUUUCGCACACAUUCAAGAGCAGGUGGAAAAACUGGUGGUUGAAGCCGCCAAAGACCAGCUGAAUCGCAGACAAGCACCUGACUGUUCAACGCGAAAUUUUCUCAAAUUUCUGUCGUUAGCUUGUGGUAUCCCGGAAAUACGAGCCGUUGCUAUUCCUAGACUUGAGCUGUGGAUCCACAAUGGUAAACUGAUGAAACCGGCACAGGAGCUGUUGACUUUUAUCUGCUAUAAUGUAACCGGCCAGAACGCAAAAGAUCAUGAAGUUCUCUCCAACUUGGUCAAGAUGAGACUGAAAACUAAACCGUUGAUUAACAUUUUCAUGAUUUGUCUCAAAGAGAUGAUUAACUGUCAGGAGGAGAUUUUAACGACGAUGCUGAAAUAUGUCAUUCAAAAUGAACUGUCCAACGCUCGAAACCCGAACAAUAUGGGAAUGUUGGCAACGAUGUUCCAGGCGAAGCCGACCGAAUCGGCCACUCAUUUGGCGGAGAUUUAUCAGGAAUGCCUUCUGCAGCGGGAAGAUGUGCUGCGUACGCUUCGCGUAUUUCUCCGAGAACUGGUUAAAAUGCUACGCUACGACAUUCAUUUGGUGGUGUUCUGCAAGGCACUGCUAAUUAAUAGACCGGAUUUAACAACGCAAAUUAUGAACUCGGAAUUUCGUGAUCGAAUCUUUCACUCGAUUGCUGAUUUGAUUUGCCUGUGCAUGUUUUUGUCAGUUUCACCUCAGAUAAGAGAAGCAAAUGCUUCGAUACGAAGCGGUCGGGAACCGAAGAGUUCCCCAGCGCUGGCAACAUUCUAUCAGCAAAUGUGUUCCAUUCAGUUUGAUGCGCUCACCUGGAUGCACGAGGUUGUUCCGAUUGUCUACAAGCCGACACCGAAUGAUUUUAAGAUAUGUUUCCAUAAGAUACUUCUACUGGAUAGUCCGGAAGCUUAUGCGAAAGGUGACCAGUGGCCUCCUGAACCGGAGCGAGCUCCGCUUUUGAGAAUUGUUUCCGAGAUUCCUUUACAGCAAAAUUCGAUGCUGCGCAUCAUCCUCAUUGGGAUCACCAAGGAAAUUCCGUUCACCAUUCCGGACACUAUGGAAAUCAUCGAGCAGUUAGUGCGUCGCGCCGGAUCCCUGCGUCACAUCGAUUACCCUCCACUGGAAGUGGCCAAUUUGGAAAUCAUCGAUCUCUUGUUCAAGAUGAGCGAGUAUCAUCACCCGGAUAACAUCGUUCUUCCUCCGAACUAUGAACCACCCAACCUAGCUAUAGCCUCACUGUACUGGAAAACCUGGAUAAUUCUGCUCCUCAUAUCCGCCCACAAUCCAUCCAUGUUCGGUUCAUUCUGCUGGGAACAGUACCCGAUGCUUCGCACCCUGAUGGAAAUGUGCAUCACCAAUCAGAUCGGUCCAACGAAAGCAACCGACGAGGAGCUGCAGGUGUCCACUGCCGAGAAGGCACACAUUCUCGAGUUCGAAAAUCAUUUGGCCUCAAAUGUCAUUACCGAGCAGAACAGUCUUCUGUUAUCGCAGUUAAUUUUAAUGGAUCCACGAGGGGUUGCACGCCGUCCACCAAAUCAGGUACUGGAGCAAAUUCAAUCGUUAAAUGUAACACAUCGGCUGGGUCAUCUGCUGUGCCGUAGUCGCAAGCCUGAUCUAUUGCUUGAGAUUAUUCAACGCCAAGGAACUUCGCAGUCGAUGCCUUGGUUGGCUGAUCUAGUACAAAACAGCGACGGAGAUUUUAAUCAUCUACCGGUGCAGUGCCUAUGUGAAUUUUUACUGUCCAAUUCGAGCACCGUAGUGGUGGAGAACAGUCGCGAAGCCGAAUUGCUUGUUUAUCUGCAGAAGCUGGUGCAGAAUGAAACUGGUGAUCAUCAAAUGAUUUGUGAAAUUUUUGAAUACUUCCUGCGACGACUUUCGUCGUUUUCCAUUCAAGCAAGGCAGUCUGCGAUUCGUGGUUUGAAACUGUUAUUGAAGGUUUUUCAAGAGGAAAGCGAUCCAGUGUCGAUCGAAAGUAACAAUUCCGACUGGUUGUUGCGUUAUCUACCGAUGAUACCACACUUCGCCUAUGUUCGACCGAAUGUCGUUCUACAGCUGCGGGCCGCCUGUCAGGUCGAAAACAUCCCCCAGUUGGUGAUGGUCUACAUUCAAUUUAUCGCUGCUCACACUUCGUUGGAUUCGGAACCCGAUAUGUUGGACCACGUGAUGGACAUGUCGCAUCUGAUAGUCGAGCGCAUCACCAUAUUUUCGCACAUAAUUCCCACCGCGACCAGCCAGACCGAAGACAAAGUACAAACUCUGAACUGUCUGUUUAUUAUGUUUAACAACUUUUUAAUUAAACUUCGGGAGUACAAAAUCACGCAGGCCUUCACCGAAUAUCAGGACCUGUUGCUGGUGCAGUUUGCAGACGAGAGUCAAUGUCACAUCCAUCUGAACAUCAUUCAAGCGUUCGUUAUUCUCCUCACGCACUCCGCCUUCAUCCCGAUGGCGGCUCAAAUUUUGGACUACUGGUUUCCAGAGGGGGCACCCCCUCCGCAGGCCUUCAACAUUGAAACCUCGGAACCGGUGCAGAUUUUGCCGGACUGGUUGAAGCUGAAGAUGAUUCGCAGUAACGUCGAUCGACUGGUGGAUGCUGCCCUGCUUGGACUCACCCCAGAUCAAAUUGUUCUUUUUGUUCAAAACUUUGGAACCCCGAUUAACUCCAUGUCGAAGCUUUUGGCUCUACUAGACAGGGCGGUCAUCGAACAGUUCGAAGCGGUCAACAAUGCUAUUCUGAAUAAAACGUAUCUAACACAGUUGGUGGAAAUUCAGCAAGCCAGAGGAGCGAAAAAUGGCCACAUUUCUAUCCAAGCUUUGCAGCCGGAUGUACUGCCUGUCGGUGAUCCCCCCAGGCCGGAAGUGGUCGUGAUGAAACCGCUUGAACUUGAUCUGAAGGACGAUUCUCGCACCACUGGUGAACCAAGCAAACCACUCUCGAAAACUAAGGAGAUCGAGGAAGCGGUCGAAAUCAUUCUCACCCACCCGAAAAUCAGCAAACCAAAUUUGGCGAAAUACAGGAAAUUGAUUCAACGUUUAAACACCGCUGGGUCCCAGGCGAAAUCCCAGGAGCACACGGCUAACAAAGUUCUGAACUGUGUCGGCAAGCUUGUCAAAAGUUCUCAGGGUCAGUAUUUGAUCAAAGGUUGGGUGCAAAACCCACAGAUGGUAUGCUUUUUCCGUUCCCUGCUGGAAAUUCCACCGGAGAAGUUCGAAAAUAUUAACUACUUGUUGCACAUUUUGGACGAAAUCAUCAAGUAUAUGAAUCCGACAACGAACACCGUAUUGCUGGAGAUAUUAGUCGGCAAACGGCAGCAGCUGAUCAAAUUCGCACAAAAGGAUAACCUGCAAAGUCAACCGCAGUCCCAAAGUCUGCUGCAAGUGCUGACGACGAGCAAAACGUCCGAGGUGGAGAAAAAAGGCAAACAACAGCUGCGUCAAACCAGCACCGAAGAAAUGAUCAACGUCAUCUCGACGCUGCUCAAGGACAUCAAAGUGGAGAACUCCGAGUCGCAGUUCGACAAGCGUGGUUUACUGGUCGACUGGCUGGCCGAUGCCGACUCGGAACUGAUUGGUGUCAACAAGGAGAUACAGAUGGACUUACUUUUCAACCGUAAGAUACCGGAUUUCCGACCGUACUUGCUUUCACUGUUGAGUCAUCAGGCGAGCUGGGCAACGCUCUACCAGGCAAUUGAAAUUUUGAUGAAGCAAUUCAACGUGGAAUAUGAUCCAGCAUCCGUGCUGGAUUUCAUUGACGCAAUGAACAGAAAUCCCAAGCUUUGGCAGGGUCGUGACAAAGCCGUUCCAAAACACGAACAACCGGAGUAUAUCGUUACUCUGAACGGGUCGCAGAUUAAGGUAUUCAUCGAUUACAUACUGGCCGAAGAAGAUCAAGAAAAAAUGGCCGUACGGGUCAAGUUGCUGCUGCAAUGCAUUGAGGACAAAUCGGAACACUUGACUGCGAUGGUGGAAUACGCUGAUGCGAAAGGUGAUUUAUCGUCUAAAAAAUUCCUGCAACACCUUUAUCUAAACAUUCCGUCAAUGAAGUUUUCAAUGCCCCACAUCAAGGGUGUUUAUGACGCGGACGUACGCAAUGCCACCGAUUGCGUGGGAGAUAAAUUUGCGUACUAUAUUCUGACAACGAUUGCGUGCCUCUCGAAUCCGCGGGACUUUCAACAAAUGUCUGCCGAAAUGGAACUUAUCGUAAGGAAGCUUUCGGCUUCCCAUCCGAUACUGCUUCUGCGUCAGCUGUCGGUUUUAGCGACCAUGCUUCAAGGACGAGCUCACAUGGAUUUACAAGUCCUUCGAGCUGAGUAUCACUUCCAUUUGUUUCAUCAAGUGAUUGGAAUUCUGGAACUUUUACAGCCGCUCGUGUUUAAUGACAGCUAUCAAGUCGGUCUUCAGAGCGCAUUGGAUUGUUAUUUCGACCUGUUGAGAAACCACGGCAAUGUGAAGGAAACUUACACUCUCAUCUACCGGUUCAUGGAAUUAUUACAAGCUUACAUCAGUGCCAAUCCGCAGACGGCUGUCGAGUACAUACAAGAGCACUCCGAUCUGCUUAAUGAUCUUGCUGUGCAGCACUACGAUCUCCAGUCUCUACAACAACUGGUCCAGGGCUUAUCCAUGCUCAAACAGUAUCCAACCAGAGCUAUCAAAUGUGAGGUUGGUGAACCUCUACCGGGAACCUCCAAGGAUCCGAUUAGCUUCGGCCCAGCCACGAGCAAACCCAGCCAACAAUUCAUGAACGCGGCGGCCGUAAUGAUGACACCGUACGUCAAAAACGAAGUACUUCCCCAGCAUUGGCAGGAAUUAACCCACGCUUUGCGGUCACGAGACAUCGAGGACAUUUCAAUGCCAUUACUGGAGGUGGACGCACUAACCGUUAAACGACCCGCCCUGCUCGAGGAAAUCUUCGACGAUUUAAUUCGCUUCCUAACCCACCCGACGGGAACCAUUCGUCAAACCGCCCACGGACUGGUCACUCGCUGGCUCAAGCAAAGCCCCGGUAACACGGCCACCAACAGUACAGCACUGACCGCUUUCGUGCAGUGUCUCUACCACGAGGAUGUAGCCGUCGUGCAGUCAGCCCUGGACAAAGCGACCGAGUACACGCUCUGUCUGCAGGAGCACGCGUCACAAAUUCUCACCACCAUGUUUAAUCUAGGCAUCAGCAGCAAACUGAACACCUACACGGCGAUUCGGCGGUGCGUGCAGGCUAUCAAGAAGCAACAUGCCUGCUAACUGUGAGGUAUUAUUUGAUUUAAAUGUUUUUUUUUAAGUGUAAUAAUAAAGGCGUACUACUGUUA